GCAAGAAUAGGGUUUCUGUCAACAAAACGACGUUUUAAGUCAGAUGGAUCGUGUUAUAUAAAGAGCUAAUGAGAUAGCAGAAAGGCAAUCAUCACCGUGCUAUAAUGUUGAACGGGACCUCCAAUCUACACUGGRCUAGAACUCCGAUAAUUCUUUACGGACGAGGCGCUUUGAAUCACCAAGAUGAUCCUCAAUCAAGAAUGUGUUCUGAUGAUGAAGCAUCGACUUUUGCGGGGGCUUUCUCGAUAAGAUCGAUCUUAUCUCACUCCAGGCCUCAGGGUGAGAUAAGCACCGUUCAGGACACAAGAUACAUGAGUCGUGUCCCUGGUUCUUGUACUUACGAUCAGCCACGAGUUGUUCAUUGUGGCGAAGAUACAAUAAACCCAAUUCAUCUACAAGCUACAGUUAACGCCUUAAAUCAAGGAGGUUCUGUGGGCUCGUUUCGCGAUGCUGGUAGGCCUUGUGGGGAAAUGCCAAACUUCGAGUCAUCGCCAUCGUCAGGUUGCCUUGGAGUUCAAAGUUCUAUCGGAAAAGCGCGCCCAAGACGCGCCAACAAAAGAUCUCGUACGAUUUUCACUCCUUACCAGCUGCAAAGGCUGGAGAAAGCGUUCGAUCGUCAGCAGUAUGUGGCAGGUGAAGAAAGAAGGCAGUUAGCAAUGGGCCUUAACCUUUCUGAAACACAGGUAAAGGUGUGGUUCCAGAAUAGAAGAAUUCGCUUCAGGAAACAACGAGUGAAGACGAGCAUUUCGUAACUUGGAAAGGACUUAUUAAAAUGAUCUUAUGCCUAAAGUCGCAAUGACUAGGCUUUCCUUCAUUCACAAGUACUGUUUUUAGUCUUGUAUUUUAUCAGGAACUCUCCUAAACUCAUUCCUACGUAUAAGGACGCGCAAAGCAUUUUAGCUASACGAGUGUCCUAAUUUCCACCGUCUUAUGGAAUCGAAAACACGCUGAUUUUAGUUAGAUAUGGUCGUGGAAUUCUUUUUCCAAAAUAUGAGAAGCAGAUAUCUUUUUACGGCUCAGGGGAUAUUUUCAUAAUCUUCAAAAAGCUUACAUAUGUCUUUUCUGUAUCUUUUUGAGUGCAAGAACUUUAUUCAUUUCAGUGAUAAMAGGUUCAUUUUUAUGUUAA